AUGGGUAUAAGUAGAUGUAAUUCCAUAAAUGGUAUUUUAUGUAGAAAUAGUAUUCUUGCUUUUUUUGACGAUCCUCGAUACCAAAGACAGUUCAGGAAUGACUAAAUAUGGGCCUUUAGAGGUAGAUUCCAUUGUCAAAAAAGAUAAUUUAAUUGAAUAUCGAGGAACAAAAGAAUUUAGUCCAAAAUACCAAAUGAAAGUAGAUCAAUUUUUUUUCAUUCCUAAGAAAGUGCAUGUCUUACCAGGAUCUUCAUUGAUAAUGAUUCAGAAUAGUAGUAUUAGAGUGGAUACACCACUCACUUUAAAUACAAGAAGUGGUAGGUGGAUUGGUCUAAGUGGAGAGAAAAAGAAAGUAUUGAACUCAAUAUUGUUUAGGGGAUAUUCAUUUUCCUGGAGAAACAAAUAAGAUAUCCAAGCACAACGGCAUGUUGAUACCAUCAGGAAAGGGAAAAAAUAAUUUUAAUGAAUCAAAAAAUUGAAAAAUUGGAUCUAUGUCCAAUAGAUCACACCUACUAAGAAAACGUAUUUUGUCUCAGUUUGACCUGUAGUCACAUAUGAAGUAGCGGAUGAGAUCAAUUUACCAACAUUUUUUUCAUAGAAUCUUUUGCAGGAAGGGGAUAACGUCCAACUUAGAGUUGUCAAUAAUAUCCUUUAUGAAAAUGGCAAGCAAAUUCAAGGAAUUUAUCACACAAGUAUUCAAAUUAGUUCACAUUUGCAUAGUAUUGAUUUGGGACCAAGACCAAAAUAGUUCUAUAGAAGGUAUUCAUGCUUCUUUUGUUGAAAUAAAGACAAAUGAUCUAAUUUGUGAUUUCAUAAGAAUUGAGUUAGCUAAGUCCCCCAUUUUGUAUACCAUAAAAAGAAAUAGUAUAGUGGGUUUAGGAUUGAUUAACCAUAAUGGAUUACAUUACAUGAAUAUUAAUCCUUUUUAUUCCAAAGAAAAGAGUCAAUCACAUACUAAACAUAAAGAAACUGGUGGUAUGUUGUUAAAUCGAAAGAUGAAAUGUCAAUCUUUGAAAAUUUUGUUAUCAUCCAACUAUUCUUGAAUUAGUUCAUUCAAUGGUUUGAAAUAUAACAUUGUCACAAAACAAUCAAUUAAAGUGGAUCUUAUAACUCCAAUUAGGAAUUCCUUAGGACCUUUAGGUACAAUAGUAUUCAAAAUUGUGAAAUUUUAUUCAUCUUGCCAUUUAAUAACUUAUAAUCAGACUUUGUUAAAAAAAGAAUUUGUUUCUUAACAAAUUUAGUCAGACUUUCAACUACUAAAAUAUUUUUCAAUAGGUGAGAAUAGGGGGAUUUAUAAUCUUGAUCCAUCUAGUAACAUAAUUUUUCAUCCAUUUGAUUUAAAUUGGUGUUUUUUCACGAUUAUUGUGAUGAGACAUCCACAAUUAUUAGCCUUGGACCUUUUUUUUGUGAAAAUAUGUCUAUUCAAAUACAGAUGACAGAAAAAAUCUGGUCAAGUUCUAAUUGUUCAUGUUGACUACUUAGUAAUAAGAUCAGCUAAGCCUUAUUUGGCUACUCCAGGAGCAACGGUUCAUGGUCAUUAUGGAGAAAUCCUUCAUGAUGGAGGUACCUUAGUUAUAUUUAUAUAUGAAAAAUCAAGAUCUGGUGACAUAACACAAGGUCUUCCAAAAGUAGAACAAGUGUUAGAAGUACGUUCCAUUGAUUCAAUAUCCAUAAAUUUGGAAAAGAGGGUUAAAGCUUGGAAUGAACGUAUAUGAAGAAUUCCCAGAACCCCUUGAGCAUUCUUCAUUAGCAUAGAGCUAACCAUCGCUCAAGGUCGUAUCUCUUUGGUUAAUAAGAUCCAAAAGGUUUAUCGAUCUCUAGGGGUACAAAUCCAUAAUAGACAUAUAGAAAUUAUUAUAUGUCAAGUAACAUCAAAAUUAUUGCGUUUUAGCAGAUGGAAUGUCUAAUGUUUUUUUACCUGGAGAACUCAUAGGAUUGUUGCGAGUAGAACAAGCAGUGCAUGCUUUGGAUAAAGUGAUAUGUAAUUGAGCAAUCUUAUUGAGAAUAAUGAGGGCAUCUCUUAAUACUCAAACUUUCAUAUCCAAAGCUAGUUUUCAAGAAACUACUUGAGUUUUAGCAAAAGCUGCUCUACGAGGUCAUAUUGAUUGCUUGAAAGGCCUAAAAGAAAAUGUUGUUUUGGAGGGACUUAUACUUGUUGGUCCUAGAUUCAAAAAAUUAGUUCAUCAUUCAAGGCAGCAUAAAAACAUUCAGUUGGAAAUAAAAAAGAAGAAUUUGUUCAAAGGAAAGAUGAGAGAUAUCUUAUUUCACCAUAGAGAAUUUUUGAGUUCUUGUAUCCCAAACAAUUUUCAUUAG